AUGGCAAGCGGCUCAGCCAUACUGGAAAAGCAAGUCGCCGGUUUGAGAGAAGAGCUAAAGCUAUGGGAGAUCGAAUUUGCAAAGAGACAUGGCGGCCGCAAAGCUUCUCGGUACGACAUCAGCGCAGACGCGUCGAUACAUGAAAAGUAUCGCGAGUACAAUCGCCUUCGACGACCGAUAGAGGGACCGAAGAAGGUAGAGUCGCCGCAAAGAGUAAGAGAGCCUCAACCCGGCGGCCGUCAAGGGCGAAAUGCGCUGCGAGAAAGGUCAGGCAACGAGGUGGCAGCGACACCAAGCAGAAGGCAGAAGAGUGUCAUGAUCUUGGAUGUGGUGGAUGAGGACGGAGAGCAGGAGGUUGAGCCCACGCCUGCCUAUAUACGCUGCGCACUGGGGCCGACGCCGCAGAAGGAUGGACAAGUGCUUGGCAUUUUCGACAUGGCUGUCUCUGCGACGCCGUCCAAGGCAGGCAAUAGUGCCAAUGCACUGUCUGAUAUGCCCGCCAUAAGCUGCACGCCUAGCAAAUCCACCACUGCGCCAGCAUCAUCUCGACGUGUACCAUCCGCGACGCCACAGUCUUCUAGCAAACGUCGCAUUCUCGAUGCCUUCGCUGGAACACCACUGAAGCGGCAGAAACUGGACGAGCAGCACACACCAAGCACGUCUAAGCGACAUUUCGCGACUCCGUCUUUCCUCCGCCGCAGCUUUCCACUGGCGCCUGUGGAAGAGGAAGAAGGCUCUUCAACAACUUCUGGAUCACUUCCGCAGAAGAAACGAGGACUAGUCAGGAGUCUAAGCAGUAUCAUACGCGGUCUACGACAACACGAAGAAGAACGUAUGGAUGACGAGUGGGACAUUCUAGACGAGCUCGAAGCGGAGGCAAGUGGCGAGAAGCCUGCCAAAGUAUUGGUAGAGGAUAGUCAAGCAGGCGAGAUGCUUUUAGGUCCCGAUCAAGGCGAUCCUCUGAGCGAUGACAGUGAUACGGGAGAUCUAGGAGCACUGGGCGCAGAUGGUCAGCCUAGGAAGGUUUGGAAGAAGAAGGGCUUGAAGCGGCAGACGAAGCGAUCGAAUAUGAAGCCCGUUCUGCACAAACCACAGAAGGCUGCUGAGAUUGCUGUGGAGGAGACCGUCCAGCAGAUACAGCUUGCGGGGAACGAAGAAGAUACUGAUCACGAAGAAGACAGUAGCGCAGCGCGGAAGUCGAAGAAAGCGAAGGAUGAGACGACUAGCACAUCGCCAUCGAAGAAGAAGAAAGUCAGCGCCCAAGCCCAUGCCAACUUCCGGAGACUCAAAAUCAAGAACAAGAAUUCCAAGGCUAAUGGGCGGGGUGGUGGGAAGAAGUUUGGGAGACGAUAG